AUGAAUACAAGAGAGGAUCCUUAUAUGAAUCAUAGAACAUUCAUUUCCCUGGCAGCUAUUUUUGCUUUAGUACAUACAAGCGAAGCAACUUGUGCAAACCAGGCUGUCUAUGAUGCAUGUAAUACUAGAGGACAAAGCGAACUAAAUGCUUGCUAUGCCAAACCUAAUGAUUUCGCCUGUCAAUGUACCGCGAUGACAGACAUUCGCAAUUGCUAUCUUCAAUGUCCGGAUGAUGCAGACAAGACUAGCACAGGAAACUCCUAUCAGGCAGCUGUAGAUCAAGUGUGUGGUUAUGCAAAACAACAGACAGCCGCAGCUCCCGCUCCGACCCAACCAGCUGCGGCAGCAGCUGGCCCAGUGAAUCCAACAGCUCCAGUGACUCCAGCAAAUCCUUCCGCUCCAAAUGGACCAUCACCUAACCAACCUACACAAUCUAGUACACAAUCUACUUCACAAGCUACACCAUCUGGUACAAAAUCUUCUGCUAAUUCCAAUAAUGAUGGGCGACAAAUUUUCUUUGCGGCUAUUCUAUCAAUAGCAGCUCUUAUCAUGGCAGUUUAA